AUGGAACGGUGGGUAGAAGUUCCUCCUCCUAAUUAUCUGCAAUCAGCCUUGGUAUGGGUACGGCUAUAUAACCUCCUGGCCAAUUACCUUACCUUGAAGACGAUUGAUACCAUUGCUGAUGGAAUAGGGCAUGUGGAGAUCAUUGAAUUUGAUCCAACUAAGCCUUUAUUGAAUGACUAUGUGAGAGUUCAAGUUACUCUCGAUCUGAACUUACCUCUGCGGGAUAAAAAGUCGGUGACAUUGCCAGGGGGAAGAAUUGAGUAUGUUGAUGUGGCUUAUGAACGUGUCAGAAAGAAGUGUUUUCAUUGUCUUCGCUUAUCUCAUGAGAAGAUCAAAUGCCCUCUUCUUCAAGGAGUACGGAACAAAGGAAAGGGUGUAGCCUCCACUGUAAAAGUGCAGUCAGAUGGCAUCAGACAACUUCAUACCAACCUUGCUGAUAAAAUUAUGCCUCUCCUGGCUCCAGCAAUUCCGCCGGGUUUUGAACCCCCCGCUACAGUUGUGGCACCUGAAGUUUUCGAACCAAUGCGUAUCUACAUGAACUGCACGGAUCCUGAUGAAAGGAAUAUCAGAGAAGCUUGUAUGAAGAAAACACUUGAUGAUCUAUCUAAUGAUCCCAUCGCGCAGAGAUCAUGUCUUCGCUUGGAACGGGCCCCGACACUCUCGGUGGAGAUGAAUAGAAGCAAAGGAAGGAUCUUUGAUUUCAGCAGAGUUCAGGAGAAAUCUUUGGCAGAUGAAGCUGAAUCUUCCUCACAUGGUCUAGCUUCUGAAAGAAACAAUGUAGGGUCCUAUUUGGCAGAUAAAAAUUUAUCGAGAGAAAUGAUAGGCACUAGUGAGGGUCAGAGGGGGUUGAUCAUAGAUCAAGACACAUGGGAUUUCAGGGUGAAGGUUUUACGCUACCUCUACAAGGAUGUGAUGGAGAUCUUGGAACUUCAUUACCGGAGAAUGUAG